AUGGGUAUAUGGGACAAUGCAAAGCAAGUUAGCAAGGAUGAAAUACGAAGGAAUGCAAAAAUGCCAUACUUGGAGGAUCCAUUAACGUGUAUGGAUUACGUCUAUCGAUCAUUAAAGAAUGCCAAAUACCAAACCCUCAAGAUUCACAAAUGUUUGUUUCGAUAUUAUAACGAUCUACUAAGCAACAAGAGCUAUAAUAGCCUCAAGCUAUUGAAAGAUUUCCAGACACCGGAAGAGCAAGCAAAGAUCUUGACAAAUUUACUCAGUUACAACAAGGUAGACCACAUUGAGGAGACAAGAGUCUUGGCACAUGACAAACUACGGGACCUUUUCGAGCAAUUUGAAAAUACUUUAUUGCGAGAGUUGGAAAUCCACUUCGAUAUAGAAGACUAUGAACAAACUCGAAGGUUUGUUAUGAUCUUGGUGUCUCUUAAUAACCAGCAAACUUUGAUUGACUUUUUUUUGCAAAAGAGUAUAUUCGAUGAAGAUAUGGAAAUGUUUGGCCUAACUCCUUCCAGUGUUGAUAACUACUUUUCCGAGCGGCAGAUAAACACGGUGUUGUUUUCGGAAUUGAUUACCAACAUCGCCCUGGUCUUCAACAAACAAUGUGAGAUUAUUGACAAGAUAUUCCCUCAAUCGAUACCCAUGAUGUACAAGGUAUGCGAGGAGCUCAUUUCCAACCAGCUAUCUGAAUUGGUGUUGUUUGUCCUCGAAUCUUCUAAAAAGCAUGGCUUGUAUUUGAAUGUCGUUCCUUUCAUGUACGAAAAAUUAGUGAACGAUUUGGUCAAAGCGUUGACUCCUUCGCAAAACAUUGGCGAACCAUACCGCAAAUUAGUGGCCGAGUUGAUUGAUAUGAUGUUUGAAUCAUAUGCUGCAGAGUAUAUGCGAGAGGAGGUGGCUCAGUUUCGUGUCAAUGCAAAGGACAAGUUGAUCAAGUGGAGUGAACAAAUUUCACAACGAGAGGCAGAAACGUCACUGAAGAUUCUCGAAAGUGUCAAGAUAGAGUCCAAGAAUGACUUUCUAACCACUUUCAAGAGUGUGUUUGCCAUUAGUUCAUCAAAGGAUCCAGUAUCGAAGGAAAACUUUACAGAAAUGCAAGCCAAGGCAAAGAUAUUGUCAGAAAACAUCAAAUCGUUAGACAAGAUUCUUAGCCCUGAAGUGGUGCUUGAAAUCAUAAACAAUGCCACGACUGCCUUGAAUCGACUUUUGACGUUUAAAGAUUUUACCAUUGCGUCCUUGAGAAGCGAUAUCUACCUGUCAACACAAGAAAUUUCUAUUGAUGUGAUGGACACUAUUGGACUAGAGCACUUGACUCCUGGUUUUGAAAAAGCCUUGACCUACUUGCAAACAUAUAACCCCAACUCGCUGACAUAUACAACCCAGCACAACGAAAAGUUUGCUGAACCGAUUGUGCUAUUUUUCGACUUGAUAAAUAUGGCCGAUGUGAUUAUACAAAUGGUUGAUUUCUUCUACAAGGAGGAAAUGUUGAACAAAAAGAUUGUCAAACAUGAGAACAGUAUACUAAAUCCUUCUUUGCAGAGUAAAAAGAAGCUUGAAGCUUUAGUGGAUAAGAAUGUUGCUGAUGGGUUGAAUAUUGGUAUCGAGUUGCUUGUUCAUCAAAUUGAAACUAUCUAUCUGGAGUUGCUAUUAGACACUGACUAUAAUCCGCCUUCCGACUCUGCAAUGGCGUUCGGUCCAACAAAUGCUGCUCAAAAAGCCACCGGCAUACUUGAGGAAAAUAUGAACCUUCUUGUUGACAGUGCAGAUAAGUCAGUUGUGGAUGUAUUUCAGCAGGAAAUUGCCGAGAGAUUUUUCCAAGUUAUAGUCAAGUUGUUGAAAAAGCGUACAAUAUCGGUCACAGGAGCUACAAAUUUAAUUUCCGAUUUGAAUUUGUACUAUGAUUUUAUGUUAGAGCAUAUCAAAUCAAACAAGAGACUAAUUAUGCCCUUGUAUCAAGCAUUAAAGAAAAUUGGUAAUUUGUACCUCAUUAGUGGCGAUGAUUCGAAGUCAAUUGGGAAAUUAGUCAGCGAUUUAUCAAAGUUUAAUGGAAUCUUUGGUCAAGAGGAAAUCUACGAGUUUGUUCAAAGAAGAGAGGAUUGGCCGUUGAUCAAAAAGCACGUGGAAAAGGUGAUGUAUGGAUUUGGGUUCGGCGAUUGUACCAUUAUGUAG